AUGAUUGAUGAUGAGGCCAACUUCGGCAAUAUCCUUGAUGCCUCAGAAGAAGUUCAGACUACUGCAAAGUUCCGUCCCAAGCAACGGCCCAAACCCCAAAAAACAGCUCUGUCAUCCAGAUCUGCAGUGCCUAAUCCUACUGAAGAAACUGGAGAUGGGAAAGUAGGAGCCUUAAAUCAAGUCAAUUCUUCUAAAGAGCUCACCAGCCAAGAAAGGACAUCCUUGACGUGCCCUGGUAGUGAGUCAGUUGAUACUGUUGCUGGUUCUCAAGAUAGGAUUUCUCAAGAUGGUGAGCACAAUCCUUCUAAGUUAGCUAUACACCAAGAAAACUUGGUGGUUUCAGAUAUCAAUGUGUCACCUAACAGUUCAUGUGGCAAGGCUAUUGAUGAUAUAGUUGAAUUUGGGGACAUGUGUGAUGCACAAGUUGAAGAGGAAAGAGUUCCAAAGUUCCAGCCAAAGGCACAGAUGAAGCUCCUGAAGGAAACAGCCAAAUCUCGGAAGACUAACCAAAAGGUGGAAACUUCCACUGUAGAUGUGGUUACACAAAAUGGAAAGGGCGAUAAUAUUCAGACAAGACUCCAUGACGAUCAGGUACAGGAUCCUAAAAGUCAUGAAAGUGUGCAGAUCCCAGAUUCUGAAGGAUUAUUAGCAACUGAUAAUAGUAAAGGUUGCAAUUUAGUUAACCUCGACGGUGUCCUUGAGGAGUCAGUUCAAGAGGAAACAAUAGCUAAGUUUCGUCCUAAAUUGCAUCCGAAGCCUGGGAAGGCUUCAUCCAAGGUUGCUGUGACUAAUAAUAAUGUUGCUGCUGUUGCUCCAAUGGUUGGAGUUUGUGUCGGCAACAAUGACAUGUGCAGAGAACCUAACAACGAACUUAUUAAUCCUCCUAUUGGUGGUACUCGAUCAAUGGUUGGCAAAGUCCCAGGAAGAGAAAAGGGAAAAUCAAAAUCUGUAUCUUUUGCUCUAUCGGAUGCUUCUGGGGUAGCUACUCCUACAGAUACUGAUUCUGAGAUGGGUAACAUCGGCGAUUCCUGUAGUGACAAAUUGACUGAUGAAAAUUUAAGUAACUCAUCUCAGCAGAUGGCUGAAAAGCAUUCUAUCACCGAGGACCAAUAUUCAAAUGAUCAGGACCAUGAGGGGGAGCCACUAGAUCAUGCUGUUGAACAGCAACCAAAAUCAGAUGUUGGAGAAAUAGCAUCAUCUAUGAAACUACGUUGCAGGAAAAAGUUGCAAAAAGUUGGGACACCUAAUCACACUGUUGAUGACUAUUUUGAUGAAGACUGUGUUGAACCUUCAUUAGCUGAAGAAGAUAAUGAUAGUGGUGAUGAUUACACUACUGGUAAUAAGCGUAAGGCUGGGAAAAAAUCAAGGGAUAGUGUAGAAGAGUCACAGCAGCAGAAAGUUCAAAAAAAUAAAAGCAAGGUGUCUUCACGGGGCCGCAAAAGAACCUUGAAGGAUGAAUUGGCAGAGAAGCCUGAGAAGAAGAAGCUAACCCACAGAAUUCGUCAGAGGACACCAAAAGAGGUUAAGACUUUACUGGAAACACCUCGUGAGGAGAUAGAUCCCAUGAAGCUAAGUGCAGCACACCUCAGGUUGUUACAAGAGGCUAGAGAGCGUGUUAAUCCAAAAGAGAUUCCAUCUGGGCCAUCCUCUAGUACAAGAAGCUUUCAACUAGACGAUAUGGAUGAUUUGGACUACAGAGAUGAGGAAGCUAGGGGCUUUGACAACGAUAUAACAGAGAACCAUGCACAAAAUGCAACAAAAUUGAACUACCAAUCCUACAUGAACAAACCAGCCCGAGGAAAAUGGUCAAAAUCAGAUACCGACUUGUUUUACGAGGGUCUUCGACAAUUUGGCAGCGAUUUUGCAAUGAUACAGCAAUUAUUUCCUGAUAAGACUCGCCAUCAGGUGCGGCAAAAAUUUAAAUCUGAGGAGAAAAAAAAUCCGUUGCUGGUCCAUGAUGCUAUAAUUCAUCGCUCAGGAGAUAAUUUGUAUUUCAAAAAGGUAAUUAAGCAGCUCAACAUUGAAGAUGUGCUGCUGCCAGAGAUUAACAAUACACAUAAACAAGAUGGUGCAUCAAGUGAAAAAGGCCCUGGAAAUGAGAAUGUACUGGAUGAUUUCAACGAGGAAAAUAGUUCAAAUUGGUCGAACGAAGAGCACGGCGGACAGAUGGCUGAUGUGCAAGAAGAGCAUGAUCUUGGAAAUGAUGGUGAUGAUGAUGAUCUUGGGGAUGUUUUUGAUUGGUACUAG